CAAAAUAAUUGGAGAAACAGAAUCAGACCUUGCAUAUUCAAACCGAAGAGAGCAUCUAAAAUGGAAGGAUUUCCUUAGUAACCUGUGACUUCACAAAGCUCCCUGUCUUCUGCAAUUUAGUUACACAUUGGGUUGUCAGAUAUCACUGUGUCAUCUUUUACAGUUUUCCUGCUACUUAGAUGAUUGCUUCAAUAUAGUACUACUGUCUGAACAAGGACCAUAGUUAUUGAAUAAAUUGUUACCAUUUUAGCUACUGUAUAGGAAUGAGGCAAUGCAGUGCUGCCAGACGCCAUUUUAAGAAUCCUGCAUAAAUAGCAUAGCUACCGAUGAGUAAGAGACUGUUAUAGCUUAGCUGAAGAAGAAAUAAAGACAGAGCAGGAGGUAGUGGAAGGGAUGGAUAUCUCCACUCGAUCCAAAGAUCCUGGCUCUGCUGAACGUACAGCGCAAAAAAGGAAGUUUCCAAGUCCUCCACAUUCUUCCAAUGGUCACUCACCAGAAGACUCAUCAACCAGCCCUAUUAAAAAGAAAAAGAAACCUGGCUUAUUGAAUAGUAAUAAUAAAGAGCAGUCAGAACUAAGACAUGGUCCGUUUUACUAUAUGAAGCAGCCACUCACCACAGACCCUGUUGAUGUUGUACCGCAGGAUGGACGGAAUGAUUUCUAUUGCUGGGUUUGUCAUCGGGAAGGCCAAGUCCUCUGCUGUGAACUCUGCCCUCGGGUUUAUCACGCUAAAUGUCUGAAACUGACAGCGGAGCCAGAGGGGGAUUGGUUUUGCCCAGAAUGUGAGAAAAUUACUGUAGCCGAAUGCAUAGAAACACAGAGUAAAGCUAUGACAAUGCUCACUAUUGAACAGCUAUCCUACUUGCUCAAGUUUGCACUACAGAAAAUGAAACAGCCAGGGACAGAGCCAUUUCAAAAGCCAGUUUCACUGGAUCAGCAUCCAGAUUAUGCAGAAUACAUCUUUCAUCCUAUGGAUCUGUGUACAUUAGAAAAGAAUGUUAAAAAGAAGAUGUAUGGUUGCACUGAAGCUUUUUUGGCUGAUGCCAAAUGGAUUUUGCACAACUGCAUAAUUUACAAUGGGGGAAAUCACAAGUUGACACAAACAGCAAAAGUCAUAAUCAAAAUCUGUGAGCAUGAGAUGAAUGAGAUUGAAGUCUGUCCAGAAUGUUAUUUAGCUGCUUGCCAAAAAAGAGAGAAUUGGUUUUGUGAGCCUUGUAGCAAUCCACACCCGUUGGUCUGGGCUAAACUCAAAGGUUUCCCAUUCUGGCCUGCUAAAGCACUGAGGGAUAAAGAUGGUCAAGUUGAUGCUCGUUUCUUUGGUCAACAUGACAGGGCCUGGGUUCCAGUAAAUAAUUGCUACCUCAUGUCUAAAGAAAUACCUUUUUCCGUGAAAAAGACUAAAAGCAUAUUCAACAGUGCAAUGCAAGAGAUGGAGGUUUAUGUGGAGAAUAUCCGUAGAAAAUUUGGAGUUUUUAAUUAUGCACCUUUCCGGACACCAUAUACUCCCAAUAACCAAUACCAAAUGUUAUUAGAUCCUUCAAAUCCUGGUGCCGGAACUGCUAAGACUGACAAACAAGAAAAAAUAAAACUUAACUUUGAUAUGACAGCAUCACCCAAGAUUUUAAUGAGCAAAUCAAUGCUCAGUGGUGGUACUGGACGAAGGAUUUCUCUAACAGACAUGCCACGUUCCCCAAUGAGUACCAAUUCAUCUGUUCACACUGGAUCUGAUGUUGAACAGGACGCAGAGAAAAAAACAACCUCCAGUCACUUUAGCGCCAGUGAGGAGUCUAUGGACUUCAUUGAUAAGAACACAGCUUCUCCAGCAGCAACAAGAGCAGGCCAAGCUGGAAGCUUAUCUGGCAGCCCCAAACCAUUCUCUCCUUCAACACCCACUGCUACUAAGCAUGAAAGAACAUCUACUCCAGGAAGCAUUCUUAAUCUUAAUCUAGAUCGCAGCAAAGCUGAGAUGGACUUAAAAGAGUUAAGUGAAUCAGUACAGCAGCAAUCCACACCUGUGCCAUUGAUUUCACCGAAGCGGCAAAUUCGCAGCAGAUUUCAGCUUAAUCUCGAUAAGACGAUAGAGAGCUGUAAAGCACAGCUAGGGAUAAAUGAAAUAUCUGAAGAUGUGGCAGUAGAACAUAGUGAUUCAGAGGAUUCCGAAAAGUCAGAAUCCAGUGAUAGUGAAUACAUCAGUGACGAUGAGCAGAAAUCCAAGAACGAUCAGGAAGAAGAAGAUAAAGACGGUGCAAGAAAUGACAAGGAAAACUUGGCUGCGAAAAAAAAGCCAAAGCCAUCGACUCCAAAUGAAGAAAAAGAAGAAAUUAAAAGUUCAGGCUCAGUGGCUGAGAAAACAGAUACUCCUGUUAAAGACAAGGCAACUGCAGACUCUGAUAAAGAUAUUUCUGAAAAAGGGAAAAAUUUGUCCCAUCCCACAAAAGAGAGGCUAAAAGGUAAAGAUGAGACAGACUCUCCAACAGUACAUCUUGGUCUGGACUCUGAUUCAGAAAGUGAGCUUGUAAUUGACCUUGGAGAAGACCAGUGUGGACGUGAGGGACGGAAAAACAGAAAAGAACCCAAGGAAUUGCCUCCUAAGCAGGAAGCUGCUUCUAAAACGGCACCUUCCUCAGCUGUGAGCAGCCAACCUCCUGCUGAAACUCAGGUGCUUACUCGAUCGGCAUCCCAAACCCCUCCAGCUGGUGUCACGGCCACAACUAGCACUACUUCCACAGCCAGCACUCCAGCUGCAGCCACAGGGAGCCCAGUGAAAAAGCAGAGGCCGCUCCUACCAAAGGAAACUGCCCCAGCUGUCCAGCGGGUAGUCUGGAAUUCUUCAAACAAAUUUCAGACUUCUUCCCAGAAAUGGCAUAUGCAGAAAGUGCAAAGGCAGCAACAGCAGCAGCAGAAUCAGCAGCAACAGCCUCAGUCUUCCCAAGGAACAAGAUACCAGACAAGGCAGGCAGUGAAAGCUGUGCAGCAAAAGGAAAUUACUCAGAGUACUUCCACAUCUACCAUCACCUUGGUUACAAGCACCCAACCUGUUUCUAUAGUAACCAGUUCUGGAUCAGCAAGUACACUCUCAUCUUCACUUAAUACAGACUUGCCGAUAGCAACAGCUUCAGCAGAUGUGGCUGCAGAUAUUGCUAAGUAUACUAGUAAAAUGAUGGAUGCCAUAAAAGGAACAAUGACUGAAAUAUACAAUGAUCUUUCAAAAAAUACCACUGGAAGCACAAUUGCUGAGAUUCGUCGUUUGAGAAUUGAGAUAGAAAAACUUCAGUGGUUACAUCAGCAAGAACUCUCAGAAAUGAAACACAAUCUAGAACUCACAAUGGCAGAAAUGCGGCAGAGUUUAGAACAGGAAAGAGAUCGCUUAAUUGCAGAAGUGAAGAAACAGCUAGAACUGGAAAAGCAGCAGGCAGUGGAUGAAACCAAGAAGAAGCAGUGGUGUGCCAACUGCAAAAAAGAGGCCAUUUUCUAUUGCUGUUGGAACACCAGCUAUUGCGAUUACCCUUGUCAGCAAGCUCACUGGCCAGAACAUAUGAAGUCCUGCACGCAAUCAGCCACGGCAACACAGCAAGAAACAGACACUGAAAUUAGCACAGAAACAUUAAACAAAUCAUCCCAGCCUGCAUCCAGUGCACAGCCUGCACCUACAGAAACUGCCAGUACUCCAAAAGAAAAAGAGGCAACUGUUGAAAAGAGCAAGGAAAGUGUUACGACUAUUCCUGUAGUAGUAAGCCCUACAGCUGGAACUGUGGCCAUGAGAACAGGAGUUCAAUAUGUUCAAACAACGAUGCCUGUCCAAGUGCGGAGAGUCUAACUGCUCAUGCUAAUGAACGAAUUACGGCAGCUGUUGGAAUAGAUAAUAACCUCUGUAAUAGAAAUGUGAAGAAAAAAUACCCACAGUUGAUUGAAUUAACCUCAAAGGUUCUGACUUUUAGCUUUGUACAUGUAUACAAAGCAUUUAACUACACUACAUUAAUGUAAAGCAUUAGUGGCUGGCUUUAAAAAGCUCAAGGACUGGUAAAAUGUACGGUAAAUCUAUGCUUCUGUUGUAAAUGAUGUACAAUUUGUGGAUGAUGUUAGAGUGCCAUCUCCUUUUUAUAUUUGUAUGGACUUCAGCGUAAAAGAAGUGUUGGAAGUUGGUGAAGGAAAGGUUAAAUCUGACUUGCCGCAAAUAUCACCCUGGUCUUCUGGGAACUGCAGUUGCACACAUUAAUCAUUCUUCCUCUCUGGGAUUUACGGAAGAGAAGACUGGACCAUUUGUCUUUCCUUUGGAAAUGGAAAUAAUGCCUGCACGUCUGUUUGUGCAACUGAACCUUGGUCGUUUUAAAUUUGUCAACUUAAACAUUUCCCAUCUUUGGACCUCAAGUACAUUAAAGGGCAUAUUUUGUGCUGCAUAUUUAAAAUGAGAGAGAUUGUUUACAAAAAAAAGUUUAAAUUUCAUUCAUGCUAAGAGCAGGGGAAGUAGAGUGCUUUAAUAUAGAUGGAAUAUACUGAUCAAUAAUUCCAGAGAUAAUAAAAGUGGGUAUUAGGAACCAUUCUUCCUACUGGAUUGUUUCAGUUUUGACAAGUACAUAUGUGUCCAAAGGAUGUUGAAAUGAUUUUAAAGGGAACAGGUGCCAGAGAUGGAGAGGACUCUAUUACCUGGAAAACAUGGGCAAGAGGCAUUGCUGCUGGGCUAGAGCAUGUAUUAUGGAAUUUUUAUGUUUCUAUGUAAGCAUGAAAACAGUACAGUAUGAGAGAGAAAGUAACCCAUGAAAACACUGUCUGUUACACUUAUACUGUAGUACGAUUUUGUAUGUUGUGUAAACAAAAGCAUUGAACAAAGCAAGGUGAUGUAUGUAUAUGAGAAAAUAAUUGUAUGAUAUCAUUCCAGUACAUUUUGUUGUACAUUUUAGUCAUAUUGAUUUCUGCCAUUGUUUAUAAAGGAUGCAGUUUGUACAGUCUCCAGCUAGUACACACCUUAGUGGAAAGGAAGAAAAACUAGAAGGAAGAAAAAUCAAGAGCAGACUAUUUGUGAAUUGCAGUUGUGUCAAAGAUAGCCUAGCUGGCCUUAUUUGUGAAGCAUAAUUGCUUUUAGCAUAUGGAAGUAUUUUUUCACAUUUUCUUUGUAUAAAAUUUGUAUUAAACUAAAUAUCUUUUUUGA